AUGUUGUUGGAAGGUUUACAGACCAAGCAAGCCCUGGAUGCUCUACAGAAGGCCUGUGCUUCCCAAGGACCCAGCACUGCCAGCAGCGGUUCUCGGCAGAAGACUGUCUGGGAGAAUCCACCCUCCAAGAACUGUGAGGCUUUGAAAUGGUUGCUGUGCAAGCCGCAUGACAAUGGCUCAGCAGAAAAUUCCCAAUGCAAGAUUUGCCAAGAAAACUGGCUGCUUCAUGAGGACAAAUGUUUCUGGGCCUCCAAAGAAAAACAAAACUGGAACAAGAGUCAGGAGGAUUGCACAGCAAAAAAAUCUCGAAUUGCGGUGAUACAAAGACAAGAAGAAUUGGACUUCAUACAGAGUAUUACCGAAGGAGCACAGCUACUGUGGAUUGGACUAACAGCCACAUCCCCAGCAGGAUGGAUCUGGAUAGAUGGUUCCCCAUUCAAUAGCACACUGUUGCAAGUAACAGGUACUGUUCAAGCAAACAGCUGUGGGAUGCUGAAGGGAAACAAAGUGAUUUCUGAAUCUUGCAGUGCUGUAACCAAGUGGAUCUGUGAGACUGAAGCUCUUCUGGUGUAAAUAAUACCAAAAUAAACUGUGAUGGGAAAAUCGAAUCAAGCCUGAGAUAAAAAAGCACUACUCUGCAAUGGUUAUGUACUGUGUUUAGAUGUGUGGAGGGCUAAGAUAAAAGAAGAGGUCACUUUCUGAGAAUAUUUUUUGCUGCCUGUGAAAAAUGAUUGUUGUGGAGGAGGCUGGGGAGGGCUACAAACAGACUGACAUCGGCAAAUAUGUGUAAAAUGCUUUCCCCUCUGUUAGGAGCACUGACUGCUAUCCCUUUCCUCGGGUUUCAGAGGGGGACAAACCAAAGAGUUAGAAAGAUAGAGGGGCCAGGGCAUCUGUUUACUGCUUUGACUAUCUUUUGAUGUAUAGAUUGCUAAUCUCAUGACAUCUUUCUCUUCCUGGUUUGUCACACACUUCUCCCUUCUUUCCAUCUUAAAACCAUGGAUGCAAGAGUUGUCCUGCCAACCCUGUCCAUACUUAGAUAAGUAGAUAGAAUCUCUCUC